AUGGCGGCAGAGCCCCGGCGCCGGUGGGCCCAGGCGCGCAGCGCGUACAGUGCCAGCGAGGCGCUGCGGCGCGCGGUGUGCCGCCGGCCGGACCCCGGGCCGCAGUCCCACAGGCCGAACCCCAACGAAGCUCGCGCCCCAGGCUGCCUGGCGCGCCUGCAGUGCCAGCUCCGGGCUGAGGCGGCGGCGUGGCCUUCUCAGCUGCCACGGCUGGUGGAACGCGCGGGGGCCGCGGCGGGGGCCGGGGAGCCCGAGGAGGCGCGCAGCCGCGGUUCCAUGUGCUCCGUCUGCGGCGAGCCGCGCUGCGGGGCCACCUACCCGGCGGGAGUCCUGGAGGUGAGCGAGCGGCAGCUGCAGGAGGGCCUGGCGGCCAUGCGCGCCGAGCUGGGCGCGGGGUUGGAGGCGCUGCGCGCAGAGCUGCGGGCCGAGCUGGACGCCCUGCGCGCGCUGCUGCCUCCGCCGCCGCCCGUCCCCCGCGAGGCCCGCGUUCCCCGAGGCCCGGCCCUGCUGCAGGCGCUGGGCACCGUGAACGCCCUGGCCGCGGGAGCGAGGCCAACCGACAAUGCCUCGGACAGCCCGGCCGACGGCGGCGCGAGCCGGGCCCCGGCCCGGAAGAACCUCAAGAAGACCCUGUCCGGGGCCCGCAGGGCGGCGAGGAUUAAGCGCAGGGAGAGGGAGCCCGGGGCGAGGGCCUGGCGCCCCCCCCCCGUCGCCGGCCGCGGGGCUUUGCUACCUGGGACCGGCCAGGUGGCUCGUGGAGCGUGGCUUGGAGUGAGAAGGGUCCUCCGACGCCGCCGGCUAGCGCUCUGGUAUCGGAAGGAGCUGGGGAGUGCGGCUGGCUCCGCGCAGCUGGAGCUGGAGUCCGGGCGGGCGUUGCCUGGACACAGCGCAUCUGGUCAGCGCCCCCUGGACUCUCAGCUUUGCUUUGACAGUGACACGAAGGCCACUUACCUUAAGUAG